GUGGCGGUUGGUGGCAGCUUCAGAAUGGCUGAAGCUGUGCAGUUUGCGGCUGAAUCUCUCGCGGGUGGCGGGGCACGAGCUGCGCGCACAGUACUUGAUCAGGUGGUGCUCCCGGGUGAGGAGCUGCUGCUGCCGGAACAGGAGGAUGUGGAAGGCCCUGGUGGUGCGGGGGAGCGACCGUUGCGCCUUAAUGCUGGGACGCGCUCGCGAUUACGUGUAGUGUGUGGCCCCGGCUUGCGGCGCUGCGGCGACCGCCUGCUGGUUACAAAGUGUGGCCGUCUCCGUCACAAAGACCCCGGGAGUGGCAGCAGUGGUGGUGUUUACUGGGUGGACUCGCAACAGAAGCGGUAUGUACCAGUGAAAGGAGACCAUGUGAUUGGCAUAGUGACUGCUAAAUCUGGAGAUAUAUUCAAAGUUGAUGUUGGAGGGAGUGAACCAGCUUCUUUGUCUUAUUUGGCAUUUGAAGGUGCAACUAAAAGAAACAGACCAAAUGUGCAGGUUGGAGAUCUCAUCUAUGGUCAAUUUGUAGUUGCUAAUAAAGAUAUGGAACCAGAGAUGGUCUGUAUUGACAGCUGUGGACGAGCUAAUGGAAUGGGUGUGAUUGGACAUGAUGGUCUGCUUUUUAAAGUGACUUUGGGCCUAAUUAGAAAGUUAUUAGCUCCAGAAUGUGAAAUCAUACAGGAAGUGGGAAAACUCUAUCCACUGGAGAUUGUGUUUGGAAUGAAUGGAAGAAUAUGGGUAAAGGCAAAAACCAUUCAGCAAACUUUAAUUUUGGCAAAUAUUUUAGAAGCUUGUGAACACAUGACAGCAGAUCAAAGAAAACAAAUCUUUGCCAGAUUGGCAGAAAGUUGAUACAUGUGGACUUCUUCAGUGGGUCAUUUGAGCCAAGAGACUAUGAGUUUCCUGGGAAGUUUUUUUUUUUUUUUCAGGUUAAUCUCUCCCUAUUAAAUCUUCAGAAGACAAGAUGUGAAUUUUGUCUUCUAAAUAAAAUAUUUUUAUAAGAAAGUUACUGGUUUUCACUCAUGUUCUUGUGUGGGUGAGAAAAUUUUUAAAAAAUCAUGUUUGUAUGUUCUAUACAAUAAAAUUUACUAAAAAGUA